GGCUGUGAUCAGUUCUUCGUGCAGCCUCCGUUCGAUCGGACGUGAAUAUCUCGUUUAACGUGUGUGUUCCGCAGCGUCACCUGUUUCGCAGUUGUCCUCGCUUGCUUGUUGACUUUGCAAUGGAGGCUAGUUUAGUACCAAGAAGAUCGUUAAUUUGUUGGGUACUUACUUUCGGUGUCCUUUGGCUAUCGUCCAAGGUUCAGGCACAGAGCGCUCCAUGUACUACCCCAACCCGCCAGGACGGUCUCUGUGUAGCGAUUCAUCGAUGUCGAAAUAUCUACGAUAUUGUGCAGAACCCUACACCGCCACCGAUUGGGAUUGCGAAUUACAUUAAACGGGCAGCGUGUACUCUUCCGGGAGUGGAACGUGCCAUUUGCUGUCAACCACAGGAGGUGGUUCCGGAACCAACAAUAUCAUCUGCAAAGAUUGAUUUGCUACCGAAAGAAUGUGGCCAAUCGGUAACUGACAGAAUUGCCUUUGGAAACGUUACGCAGGUGUUUUCAUAUCCAUGGAUGGCUUUACUGCGAUACAAUCAGAAUGGAGAAAUAAUAGAUGGUUGUGGUGGUUCUCUGAUCAAUAAUCGCUACGUUUUGACCGCAGCACAUUGUCUGAAGACGAGGAGUACUCUGAAAUUGGUGCAGGUUCGUUUGGGAGAACACACAAGAAAUCAGGAUAUCGACUGCAAUAUCUACAAGGAUAAGUACGGAGAGGAAAUCGAACGAGACUGUGCUGAACCAGUUGAAGAUUACCAAGUUGAGUCAUUUGAAAUCCACCCUGAUUACAACCGGCCAAAAUAUAGCAAUGAUAUCGGCUUGAUUCGACUGGACCGUGAUGUGGUCGUAAAAUAUCAUAUUCGGCCAAUCUGUUUACCCGUGACGCCUCAACUUCGCUUAAAGCAGUUCGAGCGGUACAUUGUAACCGGAUGGGGUACAACCGAAAAUCAAACCGGUUCACAGGUUCUGCUAGAGGCAACUGUGCCACGAGUAAACAACGACGAGUGCCAGCAGACAAUGCUUCAGAAUCGACUUAAUGUUCAGCUGAGCGACAAACAGAUGUGUGCAGGAGGAUCAGGAAAGGUGGACACUUGCCGCGGUGAUUCGGGUGGACCUCUCGGUUUCAGUACCGACUUAAACGGUCCUCGAUUCAUACAGUUCGGUGUCGUUUCCGCUGGAGUUGAUUCGUGCGGCAAAAAGAACGUUCCGGGAAUCUACUGCCGCGUAGGUAGUUACAUGGACUGGAUUUUGGAUACGAUUAGGCCAUAAUAGAUAGACAAAUGUCGACAAGAGGAGAUCAAAACUCGUCUUUUUAAUUUAUUUUGUGAAGCUUUUCUUGACUUUUUUCUUAAUGUCCUGUUAACUUGUUGUGUGACUAUUUAAAAAAAAUGUUGCGGAGAACGAGAGAAAUGCCCCAUUAUGAGUCUCAAUACCAAGGUCCGCUUCUGUGAAGCUUCCAUGGAAGGUCAAUAAUGUUUAUGAAUUCUAAUAAAAUCUGCCAUAACUGUCUAUCAAGCUCGGA